GAAUGCACGAAAUCUCGAGAGCUCGUCUCUCGAUCUCGAUCUCGAUCUCGAUCUCGAUCUCGAUCUCAAUUCAAUGCUAACGCAUACGCUGCUGCAACGGACGUAGAAUUAUAGGCAGAAUUCGCUGUAGUGGUAUCGGCAGUGUUUUCCGAAUAUCUCGGAAGAUUAGGGUCGAUCAUAGGGUCGAAAUAUAUUCGAAAAUCAUCGAAAUCGUCGAGGGAGUGAUCUUUCGGCGACGAUCGUUCGCUCAAUUUUCCGAUCAAUGUGUCGAAUACGAAUCGAUAACGAAGGAAGAAUCGAUGGAGAAAUCAUUGGAUAAUCACUGAUAAUGAAAAGAAUCGCACUGUAAUUUGUAAAUGAGUUAUGUACUGACAAAGAGACGCACGUCCGUACCACUUAACUAACAAUAAGAGUUAAGCUCGCGCGCGAGUGCCAGUCGGAUGUUCCUUAUACAUUAUAUGCACUUAUACCCGGUGACAUAGGUUAGCCGAAGGUGAUGAUUUUUGCCGAUGUGAUGAGAAGUGAUCUUUUCAUUAUAACAGAAUCAUACUUGAUAAUUUAAAGAUUUGUAUGUUAAAGAAAACAUCGAUGAGUGACAUAAUGGACAAGUUCACGCUGAAAUCGCAUCUAAAGUGUGAAAUUUAGGUUAUCUAUGUGGUGACUUUUAAUGCCAACUGAGCAAUACACGAUUUACUGUUCUAAUAUUUGAAAAGUUGACGUUUAUAAAAGUUGUAACGUUAAAACUUGUUUCUUAAAUGUAAAAUAGAUAAUAAGAAAAUUAAAACUAUGGACGAACAGAAUAUUAAAAGAAGGGGUUAUUACUCGGAGAUCGUGACGGGAACCGUGGAACAUGCUGUGAAACCGGAAGUGGUGCUUUUGGCGACUGCGCCAAGAAGAACGAAACUCGCCUGGCAAGUUUCCACCGAGCAUCACAGUGCUCGAAUCAGACAAUUACAGGAUCAAGAAACGUAUAAUAUCCUGGGCGAAGCUAAAAGAUGGAUGAGCUUUCCAGAAGAUCGAUCAAUCACGUUUCCGGCGGAGACGUUUGUCCCGAAAGUACAAAUGCAGCAAAAUGUGGAGCCCAAGCGAAUUCCACGAAACGUCGAGAUGGAGAGGAGACGCAGAUUGUACAGGAAUUUGAAAAUCCAGGAUGUUUUGGAGGAAAUUGGAGUUUCACCGAAGCAAAUGUUACCCCCGUCUGCCACAUUGCCGCUACUAACUUACGAAGAGACAUACGGUUUGUUCAGUACGGCGCAUUUUCUUCCUUUGGAAAUUUUUGACGAUGAAGAAUACGACUGUAGGACGGUAGAAGAUUGGAUAAAUCUUGGGGUGAUCGAUGGAACGCAUUAUCCGCUACCGGCUACCGUUUUUGUGCCAAGAUUCCGAUCCGAGGACGAAAUGUUUUCCCUCGAGGACAAUCAGUUGAACAAGUUGUUCGCUUGGACCAACGCUGCUGUUACUCACUAUGAUCGCGAGAGGAAAUUGUGGACUGUGCUCACGCUUGACGGCAGAAAGCGAAACUUUAAGAUACCGAGGAUUUACAUUCGUCUGUUCGCCGAAGAUCCAAGAAUCUAUGCGAAGAGAGUGGCGGCGGCCAUUAAACAUAGACGAAUUGCCGAAGCUUCUAUAAAGUAUCAUUUUUAUUUGGAUUGUAUGCUAAUGGAAGGCAUGAAAACGUUGAACGAAGAAGAAAAAGAAACGAUCGUUCGUUUGGCUACGAGUAAUUCCAGAUAUAAGCACAAAUAUGUAACAUUGCUGAUGGAAGAAAUUUGUCUGGAUUAUCAGCGGACCAUGUGCGAUCUUACGUGGAGGCAGAUGAUACAGCGAAAUCCGGAAAUGUUUAAAUUCGUCACGUGGAUGCCCGAUAUCGAAGCCACAAGGGUGCCAAAAAAGGGCAAGAUCGAUACAGGCAUGACGAAUUUUCUGAAAGUGAGGCAACGUACACACUGGAUAACGUUGUACGUUCACGAAGAAGUAUACCAAGCUAUGGCGUGCGUCAUGGCGGAAUGCAUGUACGUAUCCUCUAUGAAUUUAUUCGCUACUUCUUAUGGCAAACAAAUAAGACUGUUAGAGUUCGAGGAUCUGCAAAGCCAGGCCAUCCUUACGGUUAUUAAGUAUUUGAAAGAGCCGUGGUUGGAAAAAAUUACGCAGUCGGUUAGAAUGUGCUUGAGGGAUCUUGGAAAGGGUUGGUUUAAUCUCGAACAGAAGAAUCACGGGGUGUACGAUGUGAUGAAAUUGAAACGUUUCAUGAAUCUCACCACUCUUUGUAUGCAGGUACGGAUCGCCUUAUAUGUACAUAAUAUAAUGAUAAGUUUGACGGCUGUGUUUAAUCUAUAUGCGUUGCGUGUUCUGGUGGAAAAUUCGAUCAAAUUAUACGGAGAGAUCUUGGAAAGACCAGCGUUGUGUGUCUUGGACGUAGAGGAGUCAUUCGCUUGGGGAGACGAUCUCAUCGAUACCCAAUUUAAGCCUGCUGCCAAUCCCAUCUUCCUCAUUGAUCUUCAAAUGGACGAACAGAAAGCAUAUUACACGACAAAUCCAGACAAAUUUGUAGUAGGUGCAUUUCCGUUCUAUCGCUCGAACGACAUUGCUUUUCAUUCGAUAAAAGCAGAUGUUUCAAACACAAACGAGAUGUAUCGCGAUGCAGUCAGACAGUCGCGACUUUCCUUUUCCUUUUUCUUUGAAAUUGUUUAUUUUAAACGAUUCUGUGCUCCGUGUCAUGACUCAAAUGGUACACUAUUGCUAUACUAUUCCGUUGGUUUACUCGAAGACAAGGUAUGCAAAGUUCGCGACCGAUUGACCAUAGCUUACAAAAGAUCAACGAUACCGUUAAGAGCGUACGCGAAGGAAUACAGCCGAUAUCAGUCGUUCUUCAAUCUCGACAUCCCGCAGUACAUCGAGGCGUACAAGCAGGAGGAGCUUAGCACGGCGGAGAUAAAGGAGGAAAUUGCGUUUCAUAUGACGAUGAAGCAGAAUCUGCAAGCGACUUUACCCAAUACCAUUGCCAUCGGUCCGUUUCUAGCGAACGUUCGCCCUUUGAAGGAUUUGCUGAUGCGGAAACGGCACGAGUGCGCCACAGAAUUGCUCGUUAUGUUGACGGAGAAGUUGCGAACGGAAGUCGACGAUAUCUUGGAAGAAUACACGCAGAUAAGGUACAAAUUGAGGGAAGUGCCGCAGAGUAUCGAGCAUAUAUUCGAGAUACGCGACUGGAUGGAAACUAUACCGCUUCGAGUGCAGAAUCUCGAUGAGAGGAUGGACGUAUUGAAGUUGGAUUUUGAUAUUCUCGACGGAUUUCUAUGGAACAUAUCCGACGAAGACUUCCAUGCCAAGUGGGAAGUGAUCGGUUGCCCUCUUCAAAUUGAGAACGAGGUGCGAGAAACGAACGAACGGCUGAUGGAAGAGCAGGAAAAGUUCUACAAAAUCCAACUGCAGGACGAGGUUCUACUGCAAGAGAGAAUAGACACUUUGGUUGGCAACGUGGCAAACAUCGCUCUUCAAACGGAUAUCAAUCGUAUACACGAGACUGCGCUCGAUGUGAAACGAAUCUGGAAAAGCAUGGUCGACUGUCGGGAGAUGGGUUUGUUGCUCAAUGAACGGCAAAAGCUGCUCGACAUGAAAGUGGUGCCAUUCGAUCAUUUGCACAAGUUGAUGCGCGACUUUGAACCUUACAGAAGCUUGUGGGUCACCGCUUCAGACUGGCUUAAAUGGCACGACAUAUGGAUGGAUAACCCGCUGAUGAACGUCGAUGGCACUCAGAUCGACGUUCUAGUUGCUGAUAUGCAUCGGGCAAUGACUCGCGCGAUUCGAUCGUUUCAAGAAUUUCCAAAGGUGCAAGCGAUUGCAAUUGCUAUAAGGCAACAAAUAGAUGAAUUCAAGCCUUACAUUAGUCUCAUACAAGCUCUACGAGAUCCGGGAAUGAAGGAUCGUCACUUUGAGCAACUGAGCGCGCAAACUGGCAUACAGAUGGCUCUCAAGCCAAGCAUAACGUUUAAAUCGCUGUUAAUGCUCGGUAUCGAGGAGUUUGAAGAAUUAGUAAAGACUGUCGCUGACACUGCAGCCAAAGAAUACGCCACGGAACGGACGUUGAACAAAAUGAUCGAAGAGUGGGAAACGAUCGUUAUGGAGAUACUUGCGUAUAAAACGACUGGAACGUAUAUAAUAAAGGUGGCAGAGGAAACUACGAUGCUACUAGAGAAUCACAUACUCGGCGUACAGCAGCUGGCGUUCAGCCCGCUGAAGACCGUUUUCGAGGACGAGAUUACCGAAUGGGAGUAUAAAUUAAAGUUGACGGAGCAAGUGCUGAUUUUGUGGAUCGAAGUACAAAGAGAUUGGAUGUAUCUGGAGCCAAUAUUUACUUCGGAGGACAUUAAGGUUCAGUUGCCGGUGGAGACUAGGAAGUACAAUGCGAUGGAACGCAACUGGAGACGGAUCAUGAAGAACGCCUAUGAAAAUCCCUAUGUUAUCAAAAUAUGCCCCGACGUCAAUCUACUGGAGAGCCUUCAAGAGUGCCAAAGUUUGCUGGAAGUAGUGCAGAAAGGUCUAUCGAACUACUUGGAAAUGAAACGACGAAUUUUUCCUCGAUUCUACUUCCUCAGCGACGAGGAACUUUUGGAGAUCCUGGCUCAAGCGAAGAACGUGCAAGCGGUGCAACCGCACCUCAGAAAGUGUUUCGAGAACAUUCAAGAAGUGAGGUUCGAAGAGGAUCUACAGAUCACUCGGAUGUACUCUGCCGAGAGGGAGGAAGUGGUGCUCGAUCCACCGAUGUACCCGUUGAGGAGCGUGGAGUUUUGGCUGGGCGAUCUGGAGACGGUGAUGCGCACCACUAUCAGAAACAUCAUUGGAACAGCUCUGCUAGUCAUCGAUGUAAUUCCAAGGAAAGCGUGGGUGUACAUGUGGCCGGGACAAGUGACUCUCUGUUGCGGUCAAACUUAUUGGACUGCGCAAGUGGAAAAUGGCAUCCGUACCAAAACUCUCUCCGACUACUAUCAGCGACUGUUGGCACACAUGGAGGAUCUACGCGAAUUGGUGCGCAGUCCACAAACGGAAAUUCAAAGAUUAAUGCUGGAAGCGGUGAUCACUAUCGAGGUGCACGCGCGCGAUGUGCUGUACAAGCUGUUACAGGAAAAAGUAUCGAACGUGAAUGAUUUCGAUUGGAUAUCACAGCUUCGCUACUACUGGGUGGAUGGCGAGCUGAAAGUGCGUGCUGUGAAUGCAGAAUUUCCGUACGGGUACGAAUAUCUGGGUAACACUGGAAGACUCGUCAUCACCCCUCUGACCGAUCGAUGUUACUUGACGCUAACUGGGGCGUUGCACUUGAAAUUCGGCGGUGCUCCAGCUGGCCCCGCCGGAACGGGCAAAACGGAAACCACCAAGGAUCUCGCCAAAGCGUUCGCCAUACAGUGUGUAGUGUUCAAUUGUUCCGAUCAGUUGGACUUUAUGUCGAUGGGAAAGUUCUUCAAAGGUCUCGCAAGUGCAGGUGCAUGGGCAUGUUUCGAUGAAUUCAACAGAAUAGAUAUCGAGGUGCUGUCCGUGAUUGCCCAGCAGAUCAUGACGAUCCAGCAAGCGCAACAAAUGCGAAUGGACACAUUCAUCUUCGAAGGGGAUGAAAUCGUACUGAAGACAUCGUGCGCGGUAUUCAUCACUAUGAAUCCUGGUUACGCGGGUAGGACGGAAUUACCGGACAACUUGAAAGCCUUGUUCCGUCCUGUGGCUAUGAUGGUACCAGACUAUUCGCUGAUCGCUGAAAUUUCAUUAUUUUCGUACGGUUUUUCCGAGGCGAAAGUUUUGGCGGGCAAAAUAACGACUACGUUUAAAUUGAGCUCGGAACAAUUGAGCACACAGGAUCAUUAUGAUUUCGGAAUGCGAGCAGUGAAGACGGUGAUCGCCGUGGCAGGAAAUUUAAAAAGGGAACAGAAAGAUUUAAACGAACAGCAGAUCUGUUUACGUGCUUUGCGAGAUGUGAACGUUCCCAAGUUCUUAAAAGAUGAUUUGACGCUGUUCAACGGUAUCGUGUCUGAUUUAUUUCCACGUUUGGAGGAGAAACACGUAGACCACGGAGUAUUGGAAACGCAAAUUCGUGCAGCGAUUGCGAGGAUGGGCCUAGAAGAAGUCAACGAGUUCGUGAAGAAAGUUAUCCAAUUGUACGAGACGACUGUGGUGCGGCACGGAUUAAUGCUGGUUGGUCCAACCGGGUCGGGCAAGACAAGGUGCUACGAGGUUCUGAAGGAAGCGUGCACGAAACUGAAGGGACAGCUACAGCCAAGCGGCAAACCAUUCGCGACUGUGAUCACGCAUGUGUUGAAUCCAAAAUCAAUUACGAUGGGUCAGCUGUACGGCGAAUACGAUCUCAACACGCGUGAAUGGACCGAUGGAAUUUUCUCAACGUUGCUCAGAGCUGGAAUAGCCGCGGACGACUCGAACAAACGUUGGUACGUUUUCGACGGACCUGUCGAUGCGCUGUGGAUCGAGAACAUGAACACCGUGUUAGACGACAAUAAGAAACUUUGUCUAACGUCCGGUGAAAUAAUGAAGAUUCUGCCCACGAUGACGAUGAUGUUCGAAGUAGCCGACCUGAGGGUCGCUUCGCCGGCUACGGUUUCAAGAUGCGGCAUGGUGUAUAUGGAACCGGAAGGUUUAGGUCUCGAUCCCCUGGUUAAUUGCUGGUUAAGACGAUUACCGAAAAAUAUGUCGGAAUACGUGGACGAAAUCGCCGAAUUAACCAGGCAGUUUUUAUUUCCCGGGCUGAAAGUUUUACGCAACGAUCUACGAGAAAUCGUAAACACCGUCGAUUCCGGGAUGGUACAGUCCUACAUAAACUUGAUGAACUUUCGGAUUGUCAGUCGCCACUUUGGAGACGACGAUAGUAUCGUUGCAGCCGGUCUGCUGUCACCUUGGGCAGCUUUCGCUGCAGUCUGGAGUCUCGGUGCUACCAGCGACUAUAACGGUCGUCUGAUAUUCAACGAGUGGACGAGAAAAGUGCAAAAGGACAAUCGCCAUUGUUUGCCGUUUCCCGACGAUGGUCUGGUGUUCGAUUACAGAUUGCACGACGGAGGCUUUACCGAUCCGAUCGACGGCCAAGAACCAGUCGCACCGAGAUGGUGCAAAUGGUUGGACGACGUGGCUACGAUCAGCAUCACGCCAGAGAUGAAGUUUGCCGGUAAACAGCGAAACGUGGUAAAAUAAAGAUAUUGGUCCGCGUGUAAUCAUUUCGUUACGAUCGCGACAAUAGACAUGGAAAUACCGACGAUGGACAGCGUAAGAAGCGCGACACUGAUCGGCUAUCUGUUGAUCAACAACUCGAACCCUCUGUGUGUCGGGCCAACCGGAAGUGGAAAGACUCUGACCGUAACGGCGAAACUUUCGAGGAACAUGCCGAAGAAGUUUAUUUGCGACUUUAUCACCUUCUCUGCCAGAACUAGCGCGAAUCAGACUCAGGAUUUGAUCGACGAGAAAUUGACGAAAAGGCGUAAAGACGUGUACGGGCCACCGUUGCUUCGACAGCAAAUCUUCUUCAUCGACGAUUUGAACAUGCCCGCUCUUGACACGUACGGUGCUCAGCCUCCUAUCGAAUUGCUGCGACAAUUCAUGGACUUUCGAGGAUGGUACGACCGGAAGGAGAUCGGUUCGUUCAGCCGGAUAGAGGAUGUCAAUUUCGUCGGUGCGAUGGGACCGCCCGGUGGCGGUAGAAAUCCAAUAACCGACAGACUGUUGCGACACUUUCAUUUCAUUGCAUUCCCGGAAAUGGAAGACGACGCUAAGAGACACAUCUUUGGAACGAUCCUAAAUGCCUGGCUGUCCGUGACGCCGCACUUUGCGCACAUGUUGGACGCUUUUGUGAACUCGACGUUGGAUUUAUAUACCGUUAUAUGCAAGCAGUUGCUACCGACGCCUCACAAGUCUCAUUAUACCUAUAACGUUCGCGAUCUCGGCAAAGUGUUCCAAGGAAUGCUCAUGAUGAAUCCGGCAAAAAUAGAGCGUCGUGAAAAAUUAUUGUUACUCUGGUACCACGAGAACGUACGAGUGUUCAGCGAUCGUUUGGUGGACGACCAAGACCGAAAAUGGUUCGACGACCUCUUGCGAAAUACGAUGAGCAGAGAGUUUCGGUGCGAUCCCAGUGAAAUCGUCGGCGACGUAACGUUAUUUUUCGGCGACUUUGUUGGGACCAGCAAACAGUACGAUGAAAUAACCGAUCGGAAGAAGAUGGAACACGUAUUGGAGGAAUUCUUGGAAGAUUACAAUGCUUCGACAACGACACCCAUGAAACUGGUACUGUUCCAAGACGCUAUGGAUCAUAUCUGCAGGAUCAAUCGAAUCCUACGACAGCCUCGAGGAAACGCUCUGCUUUUGGGAAUGGGAGGAUCGGGACGACAGAGCUUAACGAGACUAGCCUCGAACAUGCAAGAUUACGCUUGUUUUCAAAUAGAGCUGAGCAGCGCUUACACGACGAGCGAUUGGCGCGACGAUAUUAAAAAUUCAAUGAUGAAGGCCGGUGUACAGAACCAAUGUAUCGUCUUUUUAUUUUCCGACACACAGAUAAAAGACGAUUCGAUGCUAGAGGAUUUGAACAGCGUGCUAAACAACGGUGACGUACCAAAUAUCUACAAGGCGGAUGAAAUGGAAAAGAUCUUUCAUUCGAUGCGUGGCCACGUGCAGGAAGCUGGCCUACAGAUCAAUAGAAGCAACCUGUUUUCCUUCUACGUGAAGACAGUGCGUAACAACCUACACGUGGUCGUUACUAUGAGCCCGAUCGGCGAGACGUUUCGCGCGCGUAUCAGACAGUUUCCAGCUUUGGUGAACUGCUGUACGAUCGAUUGGUUUUGCCCGUGGCCGGAAGCCGCGCUUCAGAGCGUCGCUAUGCGCUUCCUCUCCGAGAUACAAGACGAAUCUAUUACCGAAGACGCGUUGAAGUCGAUCGUAAGAAUGUGCCAGUAUAUGCAUUCGAGCGUGAUCGAUGCGAGCGAUCUGUUUCUCAAGGAACUGAACCGGUAUAAUUACGUUACGCCCACGUCGUAUCUGGAACUAUUAUCCGGCUACGGUGAUCUCCUCGCUAAGAAGAAAACGGAGAUACAAACGGCGGCGGAUCGUCUCGCUACUGGUCUGGAGAAACUGGCGAGCGCGGAAACGGAAGUGAAAGAUAUGCAGCGAUUGCUCGCGGAGAUGAAACCAAAGUUGGAAGAAGCGGCGAGAGCGACGGCUAGAAUGAUCGAGAAGAUCACGGUCGACACCAUGGAGGCAGAGAAGACGCGAGCACAGGCGAAACAGCAAGAGGCGAUAGCGGCAAGGAUGAAGCUGGAGAAUCAGGCGAUCAGAGACGAAGCGGAAGCCGAUUUGAGUGAAGCACGACCGAUGUUGAUCGCUGCCGAAAAGAGCUUGAAGGCCCUGAACAGAAACGACAUCACCGAGGUGAAGGCGAUGAAAAGGCCACCGGUCGGCGUGCUUCUCGUCAUCGAAGCCAUCUGUAUCAUAAACAACGUGAAACCGAUCAAGGUGCCGGUGGGUGGAAAAUUCGGGGCCGAAACGAAACUGGAUUACUGGACACCUGGCAGCUUGAUGCUCUCGGAUCCGGGCCACUUUUUAUACACCAUGGAGAACUACGAUAAAGAGAAUCUGACCGAAGAAAUAAUAAAUAAGCUAAAGCCCUACAUCGAAAAUCCCGAUUUUCAACCAUCCAAGAUCCAAUACGUGUCAAAGGCGUGUCACUCGCUGUGCCUGUGGGUGCACGCGAUGUACAACUACUAUUUCGUAAAUCUGAAAGUAAUACCAAAGAUGGAGGCAUUGGCGAAAGCCGAGGCGGCUCUCGUGGAGACCGAGAAGACGCUGAAUAUGGCGAUACAGAGACUGAGGGAGGUGGAGGAAGGCGUGGAGCAACUGCGAAAGCUUCUGCGAGAAGAGGAGGAGAGGAAAGCGGAACUGGAGCGGGAAAAGCAGCUUUGCGAAGAUAGGAUGGGAAGAGCUGUCAGGUUGAUCGACGGUCUUGCCGGGGAACAGAUACGUUGGACCACCACGGUGCUCGAACUAAAUACGUCGUUGAAAAACGCCGUCGGCGAUAUCCUCCUAGCUUCCGGUGCGAUAGCCUAUUUGACACCUUUUACGGACGCGUAUCGACAGACGCUGUUAUCGUCGUGGAAAAAGGUUCUCGGCGAAGGGGUUCCGCACACGCCGGGCAGCGACCCCGUAUCCACUUUGGGCGAUCAAGUGGAGAUAAGAAGGUGGCAAAUCGAGGGAUUACCCAGAGAUACGCUAUCCGUGGAAAACGCCGUGCUGGCGAUGCACUCGAAUCGCUGGCCGCUGUUUAUCGACCCCCAAGCGCAAGCGAACAAAUGGAUACGUUCGAUGUACAAGGGCAACGGCAUAUCGGUGGCGAGAAUGAAGGACAAAGAGCUGCUUCGCGUGGUCGAGUCCUGCGUGCGAUUUGGUAGAGCCUGCCUGGUGGAGAACGUCGGCCAAGAGCUGGAGGCAGGAUUAGACCCGAUUCUCUUGAGAUCGUUGUUCGAGCAUGGCGGCCAAUGGUGCGUCAAAGUUGGCGAGAACAUCGUUCCCUACAAUCCGGAUUUCCGGCUCUUCCUCACCACCAGACUCUCGAGCCCGCGUUACACGCCCGAAGUGUGCGUGAAAAUACUGCUGGUCAACUUUGCGCUCACCGCCACAGGUCUGGAGGAUCAGAUGCUGUCGUUGGUCGCCAUCCAGGAACGACCGGACCUCGAGCAAGCGAGAAACGUUCUGAUCGAAUCGAACGCCGAAAUGAGAAAAGAGCUACAGCAGAUAGAAGACAGGAUUCUGUAUCGAUUGUCGGUGUCCGAGGGUUCCGCCGUCGACGACAUGGAUCUUAUUCUCACUUUGGAGGCGUCCAAAGUUAAAAGCGAGCAGAUCAAGGUAAAGAUGAAAGAGGCGGAGAUCACCCAGGUAGACAUCGACACGACCAGAUCGCUGUAUAUACCAGUGGCGAUUCGCGCCCGUAUCCUCUUCUUUUGUCUCUCCGAUCUGCAGUUCAUCGACACGAUGUAUCAGUACUCGCUCGAAUGGUUCGUCGACAUCUUCAACAACAGCAUACUGGCGACGGAAAAGAGCGCCGAUAUCCAAGUACGAGUGGCAAAUAUCAACGGGAAAUUCAUGCUGUCGCUGUUCUCGAACGUGUGUCGCAGUCUGUUUGAAAAACACAAGCUUCACUUCGCGUUCCUCGUUUGCGCUAGGAUUCGUAUGAACGACGAUUCGAUCGACGCGAUCGAAUGGAGGCAUCUUUUGUCGGGAGCCGAACCGAUGCAAGAAAGUGAAAACCCGGCGCCAGAAUGGAUUACACCGCGUUGCUGGAAGGAGAUUCAGGCGCUCGAGAAUCUGCCAAGCUUUCGGACAUUCGUCGAAUUCUUCAAAGAGUCGGUGACUCGAUUCAAAACGGUGUUCGACGCUCAGGAGGCGCAUCUAGCCGCGUAUCCAGAACCAUGGCGAUCCAAGCUGGACGACUUUCAGAAGAUGUUGCUGCUCAAGUGUCUUCGACCCGACAAAGUGACCAACGCGAUGCAACUGUACUUGGCCAAAUAUUUAGGCCACGAAUUCGUCGAGCCUCGAACUACCGAACUGUCUGCCGUUUACCACGAAUCUUCGCCAACUACGCCCAUUGUCUUCGUUUUGUCCACCGGCACAGAUCCCGCGGCGGAACUGUACAAAUUCGCGGACAAGUUAAAGAUGAGCACGAAAUUGCACGCUAUCUCGCUCGGACAGGGACAAGGUCCCCGAGCCGAAGCGAUGUUAAAGUUAUCGGCGGAGCAAGGUUACUGGUGUUUCUUUCAGAAUUGUCAUUUAGCUCCGAGUUGGAUGCCGGAGUUGGAUUCGUUGGUCGAGCGUCUAUCACGGGCGAAAAACCAUCGUGAUUUUCGCUUAUGGCUAACCUCCGCACCUUCGCCGGACUUUCCCGUCAGCAUUCUUCAGAACAGCAGUAAAAUGACGGUCGAACCACCCCGGGGAAUAAAGGCAAACAUGUUUCGCGUGUACUUGACGCAAGUGACGGAGAUGCAAACGUUUAUCGACUCUACUCAUGCGAAAGUUGGCCACUUCAAAUGGUUGGUAUUUUCCUUGUGUCUGUUUCACUCGGUGCUACUGGAACGAAGAAAGUUCGGUUCCUUAGGAUUCAAUAUACCGUACGAGUUCACCGACGGUGAUUUAAGGAUAUGCAUAUCGCAGUUGCACAUGUUUCUCUUGGAAUACGAUACCGUUCCGUUUAAGGUGUUGAUAUACACAGCUGGUCACAUAAAUUAUGGCGGCCGAAUCACGGACGACUGGGAUCGUCGAUGCGUGCUAACCAUUCUACGAGAUUUUUACAGGCAAGAGAUUCUGUCGUCGUCGUAUCAAUUCGACGAAGAAGGACGUUACGUUCAACUACCAGACACGGCCACGUUCCACGAUUAUAUCGAGUACGUGAAAACCUUCCCCCUCAACGACGACCCAUCGAUGUUCGGAAUGCAUCCAAACGCGGAUAUUAGCUUCGCGCAAGCGGAAACGUACGCCUGCCUGAACACGUUACUCGCGCUUCAGCCACGACAAGUCGGAACCGCGGCUGCCAGUGUCGAAGAGGUGACCAAUCGAUUAGCCCGAGAUAUGCUGUCGACGAUACCACGAACCUUCGAUUUGGCCGCUAUGCAGCAAAAGUAUCCGGUAUUGUACGAAGAGUCCUUUAACACUGUACUGCUUCAAGAAGCUAUACGCUAUAACGGUUUACUGGAUGUGGUAAAAACAACACUGGUGGAUCUGUUGAAAGCUUUAAAAGGAUUGGUUGUCAUGUCCGAAUACUUGGAAAUUGUGUCCAACAGCCUCUACACUAACAGAAUUCCGCAAGUUUGGCAAGAUAAGGGUUAUCCUUCGUUAAAACCUCUCGGUGCUUGGUUCCUGGACUUGAAAGAACGAAUCCAAUUUUUAAGAUCUUGGGAAAACAGAGGGAUACCGGCAGCCUUUUGGAUUUCCGGUUUCUACUUUCCGCAAGCAUUUUUAACGGGCACUUUGCAGAAUUUCGCACGCAAAUACGUCGUAUCCAUCGACGCGAUUGAUUUCAGUUUCCAGGUAUUAAAAUCGAUACCAGAGCACAGACCGCCAAAUGGUUGUGUUAUUUAUGGCCUGUUUCUUGAAGGAUGUCGAUGGGAUGGAAACUAUUUAAACGAAUCUUUACCCAAGGAACUAUAUACUAACAUGCUUCCGAUUCUACUUUUGCCGGAAGUAGAUCACAAGCAGCCCGAAGGAAUCUACGUUUGUCCCGUGUACAAAACUAUCAACCGAGCAGGAACAUUGAGCACUACCGGUCAUUCGACAAAUUUUGUAUUGCCGAUGGAAAUUCCUAGUCAAAAACCGCAAGCUCAUUGGAUCAAGAGAGGCGUAGCUCUGAUUUGUGCAUUGGAUUAUUAACGAUAUCUAUUUUAAUGUUCUUUGUUUCGCUUGUAAUCUCCAUGUAAUUGCUCUACAUAUUAUUCGUAUUAUUCUUUGUUCGAGCAAAACAAAAUACUUGGUAUAAAAUUACGAUAAAACGACAGAACAAGGGUAUUAUUAUUAUUGU